AUGAACAAAAUUCGUAUCACCUCGAGCGUUUUGAUCAAUUUGUUUCUUUGCGCUUCACUUUCUUUUGGGAUUCAAUUUUCCCACAAGCACAUCAGUCCAUUCUUGACCUUGACCUUGGUUCACGGUGACCGAGAUGCCCUGAUGACUCAUGCUGAAGCACGUGAAUUCUGUUUGAAUUUGACAUCGACUUCCGGAAACGAAUCGGUGACCGCGGGAAACACUCCCGUUCAAAGCCCAAUAAACAACAAACCAUUUUUCCGAAUCAAAAGUAUUCGAAGCGAUUUGGUGUCUAUUCACACUCCGUCCAUGGUGCACGAGAUUAUGAGUUGGGUGUUACCACUGGAAAAACGUCAGUUCUGGAUCGGGGGGCAAUUGCGCAAAGCGAGACAAGCAUUUGAAGAUCGGGAUACGCAUCUGAUCCAAAGAUGGACGGACGGAACUUCGGCAAACUAUCGCUUUUUGGAUCUCUCCUCCGCUGCAGUGGAAAGAAUGCCUGAUGAUGAAGUCUAUUGCAUUUCAGUAGAUUAUACCAGUGGCAAGUGGGGUGCUCACAACUGUGACGAAAAAAUGUAUUUUGUAUGUGAAACGGUUAAGUUACCGGAGAUUGAACUCGGAACACAACCAAAACCAGCCAGCGCCACAACAACGACAUCGGGUCCAAAUUCAUAA